AAACGACUGUUUUAUUGAUCCAGAGUCUCUGGGUCCACUCAGUUCUGUUCGAACCUUAGAAGAGAUAUUGUUACUUCUGAACAAAAAAGAUCGCUCAAACAAGAUGCUUAAGACAUUCCUGAUUGUUGCUGCACUUUGCUGUGUCUCGACAAGCAUGGAUGAUACUUCCUGCUCUUGUGUGCAUCCAAACUAUAGAGUUGAUUGUGGUUAUGAUGGAAUUAGAUGGAGAGAAUGUGUAUUAAAUGGCUGCUGUUGGGAUGACAGUAUCAAAGAUACAAAAUGGUGCUUCUACCCUGCAGGUAAUUGCUGCUCUUCCGUGCAUCCAAAACAAAGAGUUAAUUGCGGUUCUUAUAAAGAGAAGGAUUGUGUGAAGAAAGGGUGUUGUUGGGAUGAAACUAUCAUAGGUGUAUACCGGUGUUUCUAUCCAGCAGGUCAUAAUUGCCUUUGCGUGCGUCCAAAAGAUAGAAAAGAAUGCGGUUAUCUUGGAAUUAAAGAGGACGAAUGUGCCAAAAAAGGCUGUUGUUGGGAUAGCAGUAUAAAAGAUGCAAAAUGGUGUUUCUACUCAAUAUUCGUGGUCGCCGCUGUACUUUGCUGUGUUUUGAUAAACACUCGGCAAGUAGAUGCUGGUCCUAGGGAAACGGCUGGCCCGGGCUGCUCAGCCGUGUUUCCACAAUCUAGAGUUGAUUGUGGCUAUCAUGGAGUUACGGCAGAAGAAUGUGCGAAGAAAGGCUGUUGUUGGGAUGACACAAUCUGGGCUUUCCCCUGGUGUUUUUACCCUCUAGAAUAAUGAGGAAAAGAUUAAUCUCACACGAAAUUAGCACCGUUACCCGAAAUUGGAUUUAAACUAUGGGAUUUACCACAUUUUUCAAACAUUUUUUUGGCUUCUAGUAUUAACGUAAUUGAUUUUUAUCAUGAUUAUACUGAAAAUUUGUAGCUUGUUAUAAAUGUUCAAUAUUUUGUGAAAUGCACCGUUUUAAAAUUAAACCGAAAUAUCUUCUCUUGAUAAUACAAGAUGGCGGGCUGGUCCAGAGGCGGAUCUGGAAUAAAUUACAUAGCUAAAUUUUAAAU